AUGAAAAAUCUUGGACUUGAACCACAACAAGAUGAACUUGAACAGAUCAUCGAAGAGGUUGAUCAGAUUGGAAACCACGAAAUUGAUUUCGAUGAAUUUUGUGAUGUUAUGAAGAGGUUAAACGCCAAGAAACGUUCUUGGAAUGAAGUGGUUCGUGAGUGCUUUACUGUAUUCGAUCGG